CUCUCCAGGUAAACUCCAGGUGACUGAGGGAGUGGUGGCCGAGGUGGCAACACAUGUUAACAUGAGCGUCUACACAUUUUUAGAGAUAGACGUCAAUGCUCAGGUGGAAGAGCUCCGUGCAUACCUCAAUGAGGUGGGUGCAGAGAUUUCAAAGGAGCGGAGCUCCAAGGGUCUUGAAGACGAUUUGCACAAAAUCAUUGGAGUGUGUGACACAGCCUUUUCCUCAGAGGCCACAGAAGCUGAGGUGGAGGCACUGUUAAACUCUAUUGUUUCAGUUCUGAUUGUGGUACCUGUUGGGGAAAAAACCGAGUCUCUUAUUCUGGCAUUCUGUGAGAAGCUUGCCAAGGCACCUUCCAACAGAUUAGGACAUGUCUGCUUAAGAGUGUUGAAUCUCUUGUUUCACGCUUUGCCAGAGAAUCUUGGAGUGCGCUAUCAUGUUUACUACACAAUGGUGCAAGUGUCUGGUCAAAUUGGACAGAUCCAGGCAGUAUAUCAGUCUGCAGAAAAGAUGCGCUGCACACUCAACACUGCCCAGCCACCUCCAUCUACUGAACAGAUGCAGCAGCUGCUUCGUUUGUUGCAUCAGACACUCCUUGCCAACAAAAUUAGUGAGGAUGCAAGUAAAGUAAUGAUAGAAUUGCUGGGCACUUAUACGACGGAGAAUGCAUCGCAGGCACGUGAAGACGCUCAUCGGUGUAUAAUUGCUUCCCUUGCCGACCCUACGACAUACAUUAUGGAUCAUCUACUUACACUUAAGCCUGUAAAAUUCCUCGAAGGAGAACUUAUCCAUGACUUAUUGACCAUAUUUGUAUCGGAGAAGCUGCCUGGUUAUAUCCACUUCUACAAUAACCAUAAGGAAUUCAUCUCUUCUAUAGGUCUGGAUCACGAGGCCAAUGUACGUAAGAUGAGAUUGUUGACCUUCAUGCAGAUGGCCGAGAGUCAGUCGGAGAUGUCUUUUGAAGUUAUCAUGCAAGAGCUGCAGCUUGGUCCUGAGGAAGUGGAAGGAUUCAUAAUUGAAGCUUUAAAAACCAAGCUAGUAAGUGCUCGGAUGGACCAGAGUCAACACAAAGUGUAUGUUUCGUCAAGAGUUCACCGCACGUUUGGCCGCAACCAGUGGCAGGCCCUUCAUGACACACUCACCAGCUGGAGAGCAAAUCUUAGUCUUGUGAAAGACUCUAUGCAAGCAAUUGUUAGUGCUCCCAUAGGUGGUAGCAAAUAACAUUAGUCUUGAUGCUUAUUUUGAUACUGUAUUUAUCUUGACCACUAGUUUCAAAUAUUUUUUUGCCAUUAAAAAUUCUUUUGUAUGUGUAAUUCCAUGGAUGUAUAAUUGAAAUAUUUAGAUAAAAAUAUGUAAACACUCAUGUUAAGUAAGGUUAAUUAGUAUGGGUUAUGAUUGUUAAAAUAAAAUUAACUUAAAUAUAAUUGUAAAUUAAUUUGU